AUGGAUACUCCUAUGGUAAAACUCUCGGACGAGGAUCUCGAAACUGUUUACGAACCAGCAGAGGAUUCUUUCCUCUUAAUAGACGCCUUAGAGAACGAUUUGGAGACUUUGAAAGUUAUGAAACCGGUUAUGUGUUUAGAAAUUGGUAGCGGAUCGGGUAUAGUUAUAACCGCAUUGGCCAUGGCAUUGAACAAAUAUAAUCAAAGUUACUACAUAGCGGUCGAUAUAAAUCCUAAUGCGUGUAAAAGUACGAAAAAAACUGGUAACAUUAAUUUGGUCAAUAUAAACGUUAUACAAAUGGAUUUAUUAAAAAACAUUCGUAACGAGCAAACUUUCGAUAUUAUCGUAUUCAAUCCGCCGUACGUAGUAACGGAGAGCGAAGAAGUUAGAGAAACAAGACUAGUUUCUAAAACGUGGGCCGGUGGAAAUCAUGGCAGAGAAGUUAUGGAGCGAGUAUUUCCGCACAUUCCUAAAUUAUUAUCGAAUAUUGGAAUGUUUUAUCUAGUUGUUAUUAAAGAAAAUGAUCCGAAUUAUAUCCUAGAAACGUUAAAACGUUUCGAUAUGAUAGGCACCGUUGUGAAAGAAAGGAAAGUGAGAGGAGAACAUUUGUACGUGAUGCGUUUUACCAAAAAUACAACCACUCGUUGAAUUGACAUUGCGAUGUAUGAGUGAGAUAAAAUUGGGAGAAAAAAGAUUUGCAUUAUUCGAGUAAUGAUUUUUUUUUUUUUUUUUUUUUUUAAUGUUGUAUAUUACAUAUAAUAAACGUUGUAAAUACUUCUGUAUAAUUUGUGCUACACACACUACGAUCUAAACUGUCUUUAUCGUUUACCCAUUUUUACUAUCGUAAAGGAAUGACAAAACUGACGUGUACUUAAAGGUAGCAUAAUUUAUUGUAUCGUGUCAUAUGUGAGUGUGUGUGUAUAUAUAUAUAUAAACACCGUAGAGUCGUAGCGAUAUGUAACGUAUGGCUGUUCUAAUGCGCUUACGUCGCGAAUAAGAGAUUUACGGACGCGGAGCACUUUGAACAUUAUAUUCUAUGAAAUUCUUUGCAUUCCUAAUACUUUGGAUUAUAAAUUAAUAGCAUGUGAGAAAAUUAAUCUUGGUUCAAGUGAUAGCCUUUCAAUCACUGUCGAUUAAUUAAUUCACUUCGUUUUUGAACCACGUGAUUCGUCUUACAGGAGGACAAAAAAUUAAAUAGCUUACUACGUAUCGAUGGAUUUCGACCUAUAAAUUCUUUGCAAUUUUAUAUGCAACGCUGCUGCGCUAACGGUCAUUAAAAUAAGCGUACCUAACAUGAGUGAGAACGCAGCGUAAAAACCAUUAUUACUCAUGCAAAUGUUCUCCUCUUUCGAAACUUCGUUUACAAAGGACGACUCUUCGAUGUUCUCCAACACUUGAUUACUGACUGCACUCAAAUCGUCGAGCAUGAUCACUUUGAAACCACGUCCGACUCUAACUGGAUCUGUUAAUAGCGGUACCAUCGACGCGUUCGAAGGUGCGUAAGAUACCGAGCGACGUCUUCUACCCGGUUCGAUUUGCUAAAAAGAGAAGGAAAAAUAUACAAAUGUUAUGUAAA